CUCAUCAACCCUCCACACUUAACUAGUCUCGUGCCUCAGCCUCUGAGUGGCACUUGUACACUCCCUGGAGGCCCUUGGACCCCACCAGGAGGCCGGCACACGGAGGUGGUGUCCCACUUGGUGAACAAGUGCAACAGAAGCGUAGACCUGGACGCCAGGAACACCCUGGGCUUCACGCCCCUGAUGAAGGCGGCCCUGCAGGGACGAACCAAGAUCGCCAAGAUUCUUCUCUUCGCUGGAGCUUCACCUCACCUACGGGACUUUGGACGUGGGCUGUGUGCAGUGGAGUGGGCGCGUUACACAGGCCGCCACGUGUGUUCUGAGCUCAUCGAGAGCGUCCAAAAGUCCUGCUCAAGCCAUAUCCGGGACCGCUGGACCAGUGACCCCGAUCUCAAGUCCCACUCCAGCACCUCUCUCAACACACUCGGCCAGGGAGACAACAGGGAGUCCUGGAUCAAGCACAAGAUCAAGAAGGCCUUCCACAAGUCAGAAUCGAAGAAGGAGUUCAGUGUCGUGACUAACCUGUCAACCAUGGCUGUGUGCGCCACCACGCCGCUCCUGCCCACGGCUGUCACCUCCCAGGAGCUCAAGCCCCACCAGGUGGUCGUUCCCCAUGUUCAGGUGACGGAAGUGAAGGUGCCGGACUGUUACGAGGACCCCGAAGACGCCCUGGCCCGCCUGCCCCCGUCUCCGCCUCCUCCACUCCUUCCUCAGGAGGAGGCUGCGGCCACCUCCUCCUCCAAGUCACCUAAGAAACAGUCUCCAAAGUCCUCCUCGUCUGCCUCCACGCCGGGAAGUCCCCCUUCUUCACCGCCCGCCUCCUCCUCCUCCUCGCCACCUCCGGCUGUGGCAGCGUCUACCAAACCUUCAUCACCGCCGUCGUCACCGCCUACAUCACCUACAUCCAAAACAGCGCCCUCAUCACCCUCAACAUCAUCUGCGCCCUCAGACGCGCCCCAAGCCGCGUCCCCGACUAAAACACCUUCCAGCAGCAGCAGCAGCAGCAGGAAGAAAAAAUAAAGAGAGCCUGCGGAAGCAGUCUUCUAGCACUAAAGAGAGAGAGAGAGAGAGAGGGUCGGGGGCAAUGGGGCGACUAAUUGCAAGUGUAAUAAUGAGGGAAGGAGCCCCUCGUGUGCUCUUGUUAAAGUGCAUUUAUACACCCCACGUGUCUCCCCUUAGGUCCGAGACGUCUACCCUGUGUGUGUGUGUGUGUGUGUGUGUGUGUGUGAGUUAAGACAGAUCCUAUAGUUUACCAGUCACUCUUCUCUCAUUUAUGAGAGAUGUAUUUAACUCAUGAGACCUAAGAUUCUUAUAUUACUUAUUAAGAAAAAGUA